AUGACGCUUGUCUUCCCGGGUUCCGAGAUCCCCAUUCCCUCAUCCUCCAAGUCUGUCACUUUUGGCCCAGGAAUCGCGGCCUCGACGUCCCGCGCCGACCUGAACAGCUCUGAGCCCUCGGAGCCUCGUUAUGUCGCGACCCGUAUGGGCCUGUUGUCCUCGGCAAAGGGCAAGGACCGCAGCGAGAGUCUCUGGGUCGAGGGCGUGAGCAAGCGUUAUAUUCCUGCCCAGCGCGAUAUUGUGAUCGGCACCGUCAUUGCGCGCCAUGCCGAGGGAUACCGUGUCGACUUGGGUGGCGCACACAUGGCCCGUCUGGAUGCACUGGCAUUCGAGGGCGCUACCAAGCGUUCCAAGCCAAACCUCAAGGUUGGCUGCCUCGUGUAUGCCCGUGUGUCGCUCGCCAACCGCGACAUGGAGCCCGAGAUUGAGUGCUUUGACCCGGCAACCGGCAAGGCCGAGGGCUUUGGCGAGCUCAAGAGCGGUCUCAUGGUGUCGUGCUCGCUUCAGUUGGGUCGCAAACUCCUCAGUCCCAAGUACCCUCUUCUCCCCCUCCUCGCCGCCCACAUCCCCUUCGAGACUGCGAUUGGUCUCAAUGGCCGUAUCUGGUUCAAGACCGCCGAGGUGGGGCAGACCAUCGCCCUGCACCGCGUGAUUGAGGCUGUCGACGCCGGAGAGCUUGCGGUCGAGAAGGCCGACAUUGACCGCGCCGUCAAGGACUUUUUGGCUUAG